ACCCGCGGCCGCCACGUGACUCGGGAGUGCCGCGCCACUGGCUGGCGGCGGUCGUCGGAGGCUUGAAGGUGGGGAGCGCGGGGAGGCCCUGAGAGGCGCGAGGCGAUGCUGCGGCUCCUGGCCAAGGUCAUCGGCUACUUCUGGAGGCGAGUGGACGAAGCUAGCGAAGGCGGCUGGCGGGCGGACGAAGAUGAAAGAAAGUUAAAAACCUUAGAAGGAGUAGUGACAAGGUUUUGUCAUGAUUAUGGCAUGAUAGAUGACUUUAUCUGCUUCACAAAUGAUGCUGUAAUGAGUAGUAUACCACUGAAUGUUGGACAGAAAGUCAUUGCCAUUUUUGAAGAGGAUAAAAUAUCUAAUGGAUUAAAGGCCAUCAGGGUAGAACCUGUCUUCAACAAUUGGGACGAUGAUAGUGAUCCAACUCGUGAUUCUUCUAAAUCAAACACAAAAAUGUUAAUUGGCAACAUUACAUCUCUCACUAAGAACAGUGGCUAUAUUAAUCAAACAACCUUUUUUACAGUGGAAGAGGUUUGUGAAGGAUUUGACCCUUAUAAAGGUGAUUGGGUACAAGCUGAAUAUUUUAUUAAUCCAACAACAUGGAGCAGUGAAGCAGUCUCUAUAAAGCCACUUAGAUACAAGCGAGUGGACAAGGUUCGUAUUUCCAGUGUUUCCAGAAGAACUGGUGUUGUAGAUGAUAGCAUAUUUUUCACUCUGGAUUCACUAAGACUUCCUGACGGUUAUUCACCUUGUAAAAAUGAUAUGGUCAACGUAGUGAUUGUGGAGAGUAACCAAUCAUGUUACAUUUGGAGAGCACUCUGCAUGGCCCCAGCAGACAAGAAUGGACUCUCUCCCUUUAAUGAAAUAAAUGUGGAUGAGCCAUACAAAAAUAUAAUGAGAGACAAAGAAGGAUUGGAGGUCACAAAAAUGACUAAUUUUGGAAUGCUUAAACUAGGGGAGAAUAAGAAUUUGAUCAUCUGGAUAGAGAAUAAAGGAAAUGAGCCACACUCCUUAAUCAGUUGCAGAUUAGCUGGCUGGGUAAAAGAAAAGCAGUUUAGCUUUCCAAUGCCUGAAAAAGACCAGAAGAAUUCACCAUCUUCCUCGUCCCUUCCUGUAAAACAAGAGAGCCUCUCAAAAGGGGUCGUUAAGUUACUUGAUGAAAGCAGCAAAAUGGUUUGGCAGUCAUUGAAUAACACACCAGUUACCUGGAAUGGAGUCCUGAAAGAAGAAACUAAUCCUGAGGAUCCAAAUCUAGCAAGACAGAAUGAAAACUGUGUUAGAGAAAACGAAAACUCUUGCAAUAAAGUAAAUGGACAAAGAGAAAGUGUGAAUGAACCACCAGUACUUGAGGUUCGAGCUAAUGAGGAAAUCUCCAUACCACCAGGUGGAAGGACUUCCAUUGUGAUCAUGUGUACUGCAAUAAACCCUGGGCACUGCAAAGAACUCCUAUUGCUUUGUUUUUCUGAUUUUAUUAUUGGACGUUAUCUUGAAGUGACUGUAAUAAAUGAAGAAGAAUUACUAAUAGCUGCCACUCGACCAUUCUCUUCAAGAAAGCAUAAUAUUACUACAGAGCCUCAAAACAUAAAGACAACAGUGGUUAUAACGGAACGUAACAGAAGAAACUGUAGGAGACAGCUUCCAAGCUUCCUUCCACAUUAUCCUGUACCAAGUAGUUUAAGAAAAUGUGUGGAACAGAAAUUGGACGUACUGCUUUUUCAGCCUCUUCUUGCGGAGCCAUUGAGUCUAGCUAACUAUAAAGCAAAGUUUUCUGCUGUGUUGUGGCUUGAGGAGAUCCAAGCUGAAAUGGAGAUCAAAGACUACAGCAUGUGUGGAAUAACUUUGAAAAGGAAUGGGAGCUACUUGGUCCUGGAGGUUCCUGGUUUGGCAGAAGGCAGACCUUUCCUAAAUAUAGGUGACAAAGUGAAAUUAAAAAGUCAAGAAUAUUCUGAGCAUAGAAUAGAGUAUAUUGCCUAUAUUACAGAGAUUCAUGAAGAAGAAGUUGCUCUUAGACUUAACCCAGAAUUUGUACAGUCUUACAACUCAGAACCAGUGGACAUAGAAUUUACAUUCAACAGGGUUACCAGCCGGCGAUGCCAUUUUGCUAUUGAACAAGCCAUCUAUCUGGGUGAAAAAGUCUUAUUUCCAGAGAGUCUCAUUUUACAGUCUCCACAAGCUAUCAAGACUUGGCAUAAUAUGGGAUAUCAUAUUACUGAUGGACAUAAACAGAAUUCCAUGCAAGCAGACAAGGUUAAGAAAAUGCAGAAUAAACAAACAAAGUGCCUGGUUUCAGAAAAAAACACAACUGACAUGGUGACUGUUGCUACACAGACAAUCAUGGAAGUCAUGACACCCAAGAUGAGAGACUACGAAUUUUUCAAUCCUGUGCUGAACGAGCAUCAGAAAUUAGCAGUGAAAAGAAUCCUCAGCGGUGAAUGCCGUCCAACUCCUUAUGUUCUCUUUGGACCACCAGGAACUGGAAAGACUGUAACAAUAAUAGAAGCUAUUUUACAGAUAUAUUAUACUUUACCAGGCAGUCGAAUUUUGGUAUGCGCACCAUCUAACAGUGCAACGGAUUUAAUUUGCUUACGGCUGCAUGAAAGUAACCUGCUAAAACCAGGAGCUAUGGUUAGAGUUAAUGCUAGCUGCAGAAGUGAGGAGGCAAUCAGUGAUACAGUGAAACUUUAUUGCAAAGAUGGGGAAGACAUUUGGAAAGCUUCACGGUUUAGAAUAAUAAUCACCACAUGCAGCAGUGCUGGAAUGUUUUAUCAAAUAGGAAUAAGGUGUGGGCACUUCACACAUGCAUUUGUGGAUGAAGCAGGGCAGGCAACUGAACCAGAAUGCCUAAUUCCUCUUGGAUUGAUUUCUGAAGUUAAUGGACAGAUAGUUCUUGCCGGGGAUCCAAUGCAGCUAGGACCAGUAAUAAAAUCUAGACUUGCAGUUGCUUAUGGAUUAGUUUCAUCCAUGUUGGAAAGACUGAUGGCAUUGUCUCUGUACCUGAGAGAUGAGGAUACUUUUGGUGUUUGUGGGUCAUAUAAUCCUCUGCUGAUUACAAAGCUUGUGAAGAAUUAUAGAUCACAUUCUGCUUUGCUUGCUUUGCCAUCUAAACUCUUUUAUCAUAAAGAACUGGAAGUUUGUGCAGAUAUUUCAGUAGUAACUUCUUUGUUGGGUUGGGAAAGAUUACCCAGGAAGGGGUUUCCACUAAUUUUUCAUGGCAUGAAGGGCAAUGAAACACGUGAAGAACACAACCCAUCUUGGUUUAAUCCUACAGAAGCAGUUCAAGUAAUGCGUUAUUGUUGCCUUCUUGCUAAAAAUGUAAGCAAUGCAGUGUCAGUGAGUGAUAUUGGAGUGAUUACACCAUAUCGUAAACAGGUAGAAAAAAUCCGAUUUCUUCUGCGAAAUGUUGAUUUGAUGGAUAUUAAAGUUGGCUCUGUGGAGGAGUUUCAAGGGCAGGAGUACUUGGUUAUUAUAUUAUCUACUGUACGCUCAAAUGAAGCCUUCUUUGAAAGAAACUACCUGGGAUUCGUCUCUAAUGCGAAACGAUUUAAUGUGGCCAUUACCAGAGCAAAGGCUUUACUUAUUGUGGUUGGAAAUCCUCAUGUGCUUGUAAAAGAUCCCUGUUUUAAUGCACUUUUGGAGUACAGCUUGGAAAAUGGAGCUUAUGUAGGCUGCGAUUUGCCUUCUGAGUUGGAGUCUCUGCAACAGCAUGAAUAGUUUCCAAUAUUCAAGAUAUUACCAAGAAGUGCUUCUGCGAAUUUUUCAGUCUGCAAGCCGGAAUUUGGUCCAUAGCAGACUCAGUAUAAUUGGUUUCACUAAAAUGCAUUGUAUUCUAUAUUGCUUGGAUUCUUAAACUUUAAAAGGGAAGUGGGAUAUUUAUUUGAACUACAAACAAAAUUAAGUUAAGAUUUUGUGUUAAUGUUAAAAUUUGCAACACUCUAUAGAAACACUAUUCUGCAUGUUGUGAUGUACCUGCAUCCUAUAGGCUUCUCAAGCUGAAAUUUAAAAAGGACAAGGAAGAAAUGUUAAUGUUUACCUAUUCUGUAAUCUUGUGACUUCAUCUGAGAUUCUACACAUUUGUAAUAAUGACUUUUGUUUCUCUGAUUAUAUUAGCAGUAUUGGCUAGACCUAGAUAACCUAGACAGUUAUCUCAAUCCAGAAUUCUGAUCAGUGUUUCUAGCACGCCCCCCCCUCUCCCAAAGUGUUUGUAGUUGCAAGCAUUUCUGUAUGAUCUUCAUUUCUUCAUAUUUAUAUUUGGUCUUUUCUUUUUUAAUUUGAAGAAAGCUUUUCAGAUACCAUGUUUAUCAAACGAUAAGUAUAAAGUCUGACAGAAAUUUUAGCUUCUUUAGUUUGAGCUGUUACAAGAAUCUAUGCUGGUGCUUUGGUGCUUAUUUCAUAUUUGAGAUGAGCGCUGUAGUAAAAGCUUGCAUACCAGAGAGGUAUUAAUAAAAAACAUUACACUCAGCAGCUUCAAAGACUCUUUAAUACAGGUUAUUAUUCUCAGCAAAUAUGCAAGUUAAAAUGGCUUCUAAUGUGUUUUAAAAGAAAGAUUAAUGACUUGGAGUAGAGAUUAUGAUUUUUACUUAGGGAAAACAUGUAAAGAGUUCAAGGAUUACUUCCACAGUGAAGGGAAAAUAGUCUUAAAGGUGGGAAAAUUGCAAAAGAAUAAUAGGUGCUCUUUGCUGAAGUAAAUGUCUGUUGUUUGCCUUAGAUAAAAGCUUAUAUAAAGACUGUCCUUAAUUUAAGGUUUUUUUGUGUGGCAGGGAAGGCAGUGAACAUGAACAUAGUUUAUUGUCCUGUAACAAGGAAGGUAGAUAGUGUUUAACUAUUUGAUUUCUGUUAGCUAAAAUCGGCUGUAUAGAACUGUAGCCAUGCUUGUGAACUUAGUGCAGCUACUGUUUGAAGUUCAUUGCUUAUAAAAUUAUAGGUAGUGCCAGCUUAAGUGUUGCCAGUUUUGGGCUUUUGACUGCUUAGGGUAGCUUUAAGCAGAACUCCAAAUUAAAAGUGUUGCCACAAUA